AGAAAAAAACAUACGAGGGAGAUCAGAGGACAGUCAAAGGCACGUAAACAAGCAGUGGGACUGGAGAUCUAAAACAGCCUUUAUUCCGUAGUGCUGCCUUAUGCCCUAAGUGAUGCCAUGAAAGUUCCUGUCUCAGCUUUCUUGUUACACAAGGUACAAAAUCCCUCCUUCCCCUUUGCUUUUUCCUUGGCUUAUCACUUUACUUUGUUCAGUGUUUCACACUGUAGCCAUACUACAUGUAUAUACUAUCUCAGAGCACUAGCUCUGGGAAAGCUACUUGUGGGGAAGUCUGGCCUACAGGAGACAAUCACCAUUACUUUCCCAUGAGGCCACAGGAAGUGCAGACCUUUUCCAAAAAUGGCUGCUUUCAAAUUGAAGUAUCUGCCUAAUUUGGCUGCUCAAGGAAUGCCAGAAAGUCAAGCCAGUGCUGUGAGCACGUGGAAAAACCUCAACCUGUAUUCUUACAAGUCCUGAUAGCAAAGCUCAUUUCAUUCCAUGCCUACAAGGUAUACAGAGCAAUGCUGUCAGUAAAAGAGGUGCUUGCAUGAGAUAGAAAUCUGGGUAAGAGCUGUGGAGUGAGUUAUGCAAUAGUGAGGACAGUGUGUGCAGCAUGAACACUAUGGGCUGUCUGUGAGGCAGCCCCACAGUGACGGCUGCUUGGUUGGCACCAGCCUUUGGCCCAUAAGUGCACAGCAAAAGCUCUGCUGGAGUCAGAAACGUUGUGUGCCAUUUUUCCUGACUAUUUCCCUGUUGCAAAUUUGGUGAUAUUCCUGUUGUUCUAAUGGGGAUUGAGUGCUGUGCACACUGGCACGUUACAGUUCAGUUCACUCUCAAUGCAGGUUUCUUGUUUUGCCUCUCCCCACAGCAGCACCAAGGCUGGAUGCCCUUCCAUGAGCAGCAGGUAGAGAUGUGAGUGGCUCUGUCUUUAUUUUUCCAUUCCUCUCCGACAAAACACUCUGAAAAAGGCCAUCACUUUUAAAACUCUGGCAUCAGCAGCUUCAAGGCUGUCCUGCUGUGGCUGCAACAGGGAAAAGGGCUAAAAUGAGAGCUGUGUGUGCAGGGCUUCCCUGUCACAGCAGUGUGGAGAACAGAAGAGGUGCUUUGGCAGCCCUUGCUGCUAGGCAGAGCUGUGUGCUGUGAAAAGAAGAAGCAACCAAACGUCCAGUGUACCCUCAGAGCAGAGAGAGGACGCUGGGCUCGGACUCCCUGUGGUAAGAGUUUCCCUUGGCACUGGACUCAAAGUAAGCAGAGAGAUUAAAGGAGAAAGGAGGGAGAAAUGUCUCAAGGAGAUGGCCUGACCUCAUCUUGUCUUGCACUGCUCCUAGGGGAGGCUUCUCAUGGAUUAAACCCAUGAGACAGAUUCUGCAUCCGAGACUGGGAGUAAGUGGAGUCCUGGCAAACCCAUCUGGCAGGGAUCCUGCUCCCAGCUGUGUGGCCUGAAGAAACAAUCCUGCCUCCUCGAGUCUCCUGUCCCCAUGUUAAAGGAAAGCAGAUGAAGAGGAGGGUUUCCAAGGAGGAGCAUGGCAGUUCAGCAGCAGGUGCAGACAGCAAACUUGGUGCUGCAAGAUGGAACGAAGAUGAAGGGAUAUUCUUUUGGCUAUCCAUCCUCCACAGCAGGGGAAGUUGUAUUCAACACUGGUAUUUCUGGGUACACCGAAGCCUUGACAGACCCCAGCUACAAAGGGCAGAUUCUUACACUGGCUAAUCCCAUUGUUGGGAAUGGUGGAGUGCCUGACACAACAGCUCUGGAUGAAAUAGGCCUCAGGAGGUUUCUGGAGUCUGAUGGAAUCAAGGUUUCAGGUUUGCUGGUGCUGGAUUACAGCAAUGAGUACAGUCACUGGCAGGCUGUGAGGAGUCUAGGAGAGUGGUUGCGGGAAGAAAAGGUGCCUGCUCUGUAUGGGGUCGAUACCAGAAUGCUGUCUAAGUUAAUUCGUGACAAGGGUACAAUACUUGGGAAGAUUGAAUUUGAAGGUCAACCCACAGAGUUUACAGACCCAAAUAAGCAGAACUUAAUUGCAGAAGUUUCAACAAAGGAAGUCAAGGUAUAUGGCAAAGGAAACCCAAUGAAAAUUGUAGCUGUUGACUGUGGGUUGAAGAAUAAUGUUAUCCGUCUGCUGGUAAAGAAAGGUGCAGAAGUACAUUUAGUUCCAUGGGACCAUGAUUUUACCAGCAUGGAGUAUGAUGGGCUCAUUAUUUCUGGAGGUCCAGGAGAUCCCAUGAAGGCCCAGGAGGUGAUUCAGAAUGUCAGAAAGGUCCUAGAGAGCAAUCGCCCAGAGCCUUUGUUUGGAAUUGGCGUGGGGAGUCUAAUCACUGGAGUAGCAGCUGGAGCUACUUCCUACAAGAUGCAGAUGGCCAACAGAGGGCAGAACCAGCCCGUCCUGAAUGCAGUGAGUGGACAAGCUGUCAUCACUGCUCAGAACCAUGCUUAUGCUAUCGACAGUUCUACCCUCCCACCUGGCUGGAAGCCUCUCUUUGUGAAUGCCAAUGAUCAGACAAAUGAGGGAAUUAUGCAUGAGACCAGACCAAUUUUCACAGCACAGUUCUACCCAGAUGGAAAUCCUGGGCCAACAGACACGGAGUUCCUGUUUGAUUCAUUUAUCUCACUGGUUAAGAGAGGAAAAGGCACUACCAUUGCUUCGGUCCUGCCCAAGGCUGGAGCAACAGCUUCUAGAGUGGAGGUCUCCAAAGUUCUCAUUCUAGGAUCUGGGGGUCUGUCGAUCGGUCAAGCAGGGGAAUUUGAUUACUCUGGAUCUCAGGCUGUGAAAGCCCUGAAGGAAGAAAAUGUAAAAAUUGUCCUCAUGAAUCCCAACAUUGCUUCAGUGCAGACCAAUGAGACCGGCUUAAAGCAGGCUGACGCUGUGUAUUUCCUUCCCAUCACUCCACAGUUUGUCACAGAGGUCAUCAAGGCAGAGCAUCCUGAUGGAUUAAUUCUGGGCAUGGGUGGCCAAACAGCUCUCAACUGUGGAGUGGAGCUCUUCAAGCAAGGAGUCCUGCAGCAGUAUGGUGUGAAGGUCCUAGGUACAUCAGUUGAAUCCAUCAUGGCUACAGAGGAUAGGAAGCUUUUUUCUGAUAAACUGAUGGAGCUAAAUGAAAAGAUUGCUCCUAGCUUUGCAGUGGAAUCGAUUGAAGAUGCUUUGGAGGCAGCUGAGAAGAUCAGCUAUCCAGUCAUGAUACGUUCUGCUUAUGCCCUUGGUGGUUUGGGGUCAGGUAUAUGUACUGAUAAGGAAAGUUUGCUGGACCUUGGUACAAAGGCAUUUGCAAUGACUAAACAAAUUCUUGUGGAAAAGUCAGUUGUGGGCUGGAAGGAGAUAGAAUAUGAAGUUGUGAGAGAUGCUGCUGAUAACUGUAUUGCAGUCUGCAAUAUGGAAAACAUAGAUGCGAUGGGAGUCCACACAGGGGAUUCUGUUGUAGUGGCUCCAAGCCAGACACUGACUAAUAAGGAAUUUCAGAUGCUGAGGGAUCGUGCCAUCAAGGUUGUCCGAUAUUUGGACAUUGUGGGAGAAUGUAAUAUCCAGUUUGCUCUGCAUCCAACUUCUCUGGAAUACUACAUCAUUGAAGUUAAUGCCAGACUUUCAAGAAGUUCAGCAUUGGCAUCCAAGGCAACAGGGUAUCCGUUAGCGUUCAUUGCUGCCAAAAUUGCCUUGGGGAUCCCCUUACCAGAGAUCAAGAAUGUAGUGACAGGAAAAACCUCAGCCUACUUUGAGCCCAGCCUGGAUUAUGUUGUUACCAAGAUACCCCGCUGGGAUCUGGACCGUUUUCAAGGCACCUCCAAUCGGAUUGGAAGCUCCAUGAAGAGUGUGGGAGAGGUCAUGGCUAUUGGCCGCACUUUUGAAGAGAGCUUCCAAAAGGCCUUGAGAAUGUGCCACCCCUCUAUAGAUGGCUUCACUUCACAUCUGCCCAUGAGCAAAGCCUGGCCAGACAACGCAGAUCUCCAGAAGGAACUCUCUGAACCAUCCAGCACUCGAAUAUAUGCAAUGGCUAAGGCCUUGGAAAAUGGAGUCCCUGUGGAUGUCAUUCAUAAGCUCACAGCCAUUGACAAAUGGUUCCUGUGUAAGAUGCUCAACAUUGUGAACAUGGAGAAAAUCCUGAAGGAAGCGAAGCAUGAAGAAAUUCCAGAAGAGUUGCUGAGGAAGGCCAAACAGAUGGGCUUCUCAGACAGACAGAUUGGGAAAUGCCUGGGGCUGACUGAAGUCCAGUGUCGCCAGCUGAGACUGAGGAAGAACGUUAUUCCCUGGGUGAAAAAGAUUGACACACUGGCAGCAGAAUACCCAGCAGUAACUAAUUACCUCUACGUUACAUACAACGGCCAGGAGCACGAUGUAAAAUUUGAUGACUGUGGAGUGAUGGUGUUGGGCUGUGGACCAUAUCACAUAGGCAGCAGUGUGGAGUUUGAUUGGUGUGCUGUCUCCAGUAUCCGCACGCUGCAUCAGCUUGGCAACAAAACAGUUGUGGUGAAUUGCAACCCGGAGACGGUGAGCACAGAUUUUGAUGAGUGUGACAGACUGUACUUUGAGGAGAUGUCACUGGAAAGGAUUCUGGACAUCUACCAAUAUGAGGGAUGUAGUGGCUGCAUUAUUUCUGUGGGUGGGCAGAUUCCCAAUAACUUGGCAGUGCCGCUACACCAGAGUGAAGUGAAGAUCCUUGGCACGCAUCCUUUGCAGAUCAACCGGGCAGAAGAUCGCUCCAUUUUCUCAGCUGUUUUGGAUGAGCUGCACGUGGCUCAAGCUCCCUGGAAGGCUGUCAGCACUCUGAAAGAUGCAGUUGAAUUUGCAGGCUCUGUGAGUUACCCAUGUUUGCUGAGGCCUUCCUAUGUCCUAAGUGGGUCAGCAAUGAAUGUAGUAUUCACUGAAGAGGAAAUGAAAAAGUUCUUAGUGGAAGCCACCAGAGUCUCUCAGGAUCACCCGGUGGUACUCACUAAAUUUAUUGAAGAUGCCCGCGAGGUGGAAAUGGAUGCUGUAGCCAAGGCAGGAAGAGUUAUUGCACAUGCUGUUUCAGAGCACGUGGAGGAUGCUGGUGUUCACUCUGGAGAUGCCACUCUCAUGUUACCCACACAGACUAUUAGCCAGGGAGCUUUGGAGAAGGUAAAAUCUGCUACAAAAAAGAUUGCAAAUGCCUUUGCCAUCUCUGGUCCAUUCAACGUGCAGUUCUUGGUACGAGGCAAUAAUGUGCUGGUAAUAGAGUGCAACUUGCGGGCUUCUCGUUCCUUUCCUUUUGUAUCCAAGACUCUGGGUGUGGACUUCAUUGAUGUGGCCACAAAAGUGAUGACUGGAAAUGAGGUUAAUGAGUCAUCCCUCCCGACACUGGAGCAUCCCAUUAUUCCAUCCAAAUACGUUGGGAUUAAGGCUCCAAUGUUUUCCUGGUCCCGGCUGAGAGAUGCUGAUCCUGUUCUCCGAUGUGAAAUGGCCUCUACGGGGGAGGUUGCCUGCUUUGGAGAGGAUGUGUACUCUGCCUUCCAGAAAGCCAUGCUCGCCACUGGGUUUACUUUUCCUAAGCAAGGAAUUUUGAUUGGAAUCCAGAAAUCCUUCCGCCCCAAAUUCCUGGCUGUAGCAGAACUACUGCAUGGGGAAGGCUUCAAGCUUUAUGCUACUGAAGCAACCUCUGACUGGCUCUAUGCAAACGGUAUCCCUGCAAAUCCUGUGGCAUGGCCAUCACAGGAAAGCCUGAGUCCCAGCCUCCCUCCAGUUAGGAGACUGAUAAGGGAUGGGAAAAUAGAUCUGGUGAUUAACCUGCCUAACAGCAACACCAAGUUUGUCCAUGAUAAUUAUGUGAUCCGGAGAAUGGCUAUUGACAGCGGGAUUGCUCUACUCACUAAUUUCCAGGUCUGGGCAGUAGAGGGCAAGAAGUGCUCUCACAGGAUAGGACUGUCUUGCCAAGGAAGUCUGGCAGCAAUACAUCAAUCCAGAUGGACAGGUGACAAAGCUUUUUGCUGAAGCUAUCAAAUACUCUGGGAAAUUGGACUCCAAGAGUCUCUUCCACUACAGACAAUUUGACAAAGGAGAUGCUGCAUAGAAGAGCUGUGUCCAACCUGCAAUCUUAGCUGCUGCUGGCACCGCAAAAGAGGAGAUCUUGGAUCAUCCAUCUGACAGUCUUUCCAUGCAUUUUAUAGUGUCUGCACUGUUUGUCUUUCCAACUUAAGCAAACUAACUCCAAGCAAGUGCUUUUGAUAGUUCAUUGGAAAGCAGUGUUCUCCCCAGCCUUUCCACUAACUUAUCUCCAUUUCCACUAAGGAAGAAAUAUUACUUAAUAGAUCCAGAUGCUACUGUAGCAGAGAGAUGAGAGAUAAAAAUGUUCCUCCAUAGGAGUAGCUCUUUUGAUAACUAACCUAUUCUUCCUUAUGUGUUUUUGGACCUGUAUGCCCAGAUGUUCUCAUGCUGGACUUUUGGCAUUUGGCCAUGAACUCCCAUAGAAAGAUGUGUAGCUUCUUCUUUCUGUUGCUGACUGUUGAGGGUUUUACAACUUUAUGUAAUGAUCGGGCAUUCUCCUGCAUGAUCUACCCAAUGACACCAUGGACAUCUCUCAUAGUACAGAACUGUUGAGGGUGAUGGGUAUGAUAGAAGCUCUUUAAAGACAAAAGAUCAUGAAUUCCCAAUGAUUCCCUGCAAUAGCAGAGGGGCACGAGGCACCUAAUUUUUACUUUUUUUUUCUUUUUUUAAACCCCGGCUAAGCAUCCUCUUCUACAGUCUGCAGAUCUGAUGGAUAAUGAAGAAUCUCUGUGUUCUCUUUUAAAAAUCUUCUGUUUUUUAACAAAAUCAGGUUUAUCAGUCUGAAUUCAAGCAGUUGUCACUGCUUUGUAAGGCUUCUCUUUCAGCUUUUUAUUUAGCUUCAGAAAUGGGGAAUUCCCUGAAGAUUUCUUUGUACUGCUGUCCAGUGUUUUGCGCUGUGAUUGUGGGCAUUAAGAUUGAAUCCUUUCAGAACAAGGUGAAAGCGUGUCAGUACCUUAAGCCACCCAAUUAAGUGACCCUUUCACUUUCACUCCAGGCUUUUCUCCUGCUUUUUCAGCUCUAGCAAUGCCUGCAAAUCCUGCCCGCAGAGCAGACACUUGUUCUGUCACCUGUAGUGUGUCUUCACUUACUGAUUGCACAGAAGAGUUUUGCAGCUCUGUGGCUAACAACGCUGUGUCCUGUAUACAUAUACAGCAGUCUCUUUGCCUACCUCUAAAUAUUUUCCUGCUGGGGACCACAUGUUUUUUCCCCCAUAAUGCAGUAUAGGAGGGAUGCCCUGAAGUUGAAAAGAUUAAAAGUUGAAUUAAUGCAGUAACAUUUCAGGAAAGAAAUCAAAACUGAUGAGAGCUGUUAUUGGAAGAUGCAAAGGAGAAGACAAAUUGUGAUGCCUGCGGGUGUCAGAGGAAUCCCUGAACAACUAAAUGCUAAGUGCCAAGACCAAAUUUUGAGCUAAGGGUGGAUUUCUUUCUGACCUGGUAGAUAUUCCAAGUUCUCUGAUCUCAGGCAUUUCAUCGUAACUAACAGUUGUGGUGAACACAAUCCUGCCUGCUAUGCAGAGGGAGAGAGAGAGAGCUUGGCACUUCUGGAGUAGAGAUGUUAUUAAAGAAAAAAACAAAACAAAACAGCAAUCCAGGAGAGCCCAGAGCUAUCAAGCAUUCGCCCAUUCAGUUGUGAAAUGAAUGACUAAUGGUGGUAAAUGAAGCAGUGCUCUGUAAAUGCAUACGGCACUUUCUUUUUCUGGUGGCAAAAAUUUUACUAGUAAUUGAUGUUGUCUCACAUUUCCCACCCUGCUUUUACCUCCAGUAGUGAACAAAGUGAUACCUUAAAAUGUCUUUAUUCUCUUCUACUUUGAUUUUGUUACUUUUCUGGAGAGCUGAAAAUGAAAUAAAUGCCCCAGAUCAUCAUGUCCACUCA